UAAAGCAAAUUCCGAAAAUUUCCAUCCUUCGUUCUGCCGGGUGACGUCAGCGCCCCGCCCCGCCCCUCGACACCGCUCCGCCACGUCACUGUCCGCUGGAGGAGGAAGUGUGUUCAUGUGGAGCUUCAGGCUGAGCUGAGCUGGACUUCAACACAAAACCCAGCUUCAUCGGUGAAGGCGACCCCGCGCUGCUCCAGCUCUCAUGUCUCCGCCGUCUGGAAUGCUGCUGGACGAAACCCCGCUGUUUGACCCCUCUCUGCUGCAGGACCUGGACUGGAGCAGUAACAUGGUGUCUUUCUCUCCCCCAGUCUCCCCCUCACAGCCCGGGGAGGGCCUGGUGCUCCGGCCCCUCUGCCCCGCCGACUUGGACAGAGGAUACUACAAGGUCUUGUCACAGCUUACGGUGGCAGGAGACGUCACAAAAGAACAGUUCAGAGCCAGUUUUGAACACAUGAAGAGGACAGGGGACUAUUAUGUCAUCGUGGUCGAGGACGCAAAUCUCGGACAAAUUGUUGCCACAGCAACGCUCAUCAUAGAGCACAAAUUCAUCCAUUCUUGUGCAAAGCGAGGGCGUAUCGAGGAGGUGGUUGUUAGUGACGUCUGCCGAGGGAAACAGCUGGGAAAACUGCUGGUAUCCGCACUGACUCUGCUUAGCAAGAAACUGCAGUGCUACAAAAUAACACUGGAGUGCAGUCAGAAGAACGUGGAGUUCUACAAGAAGUUCGGCUACACCGCGUCAAACGAGACCUACAUGGAGCGCCGCUUCUUCGACUGAAUCCGUCAGCAACAUCGCGGAAGCGCCUGAGCCCAGAGAGACUCGGUCUGCCUCCGUCUCUGCAGCCUUUUUAUCGGAAGGGCCGGCAGGUAGACCGUGAUUAAAGAGGAAUUCCACAGAUUUUCUAAAUUCUCUGCGGUCAUGUGGUUGAGGUGAAGUCGUUCAGAGUGGGUUGAUGUGAAAUGUAAAAAUUGAUCCAAACAAAAAAAAGUGACUUUUCACGUUUGAAAUGUGAAAUGAUGAAAUUUACAUCACAACCAACCAAGAUUUCUUUAGUGCUAGUCGUUUUCUAGGCAUUUUAUUUUCUGAACAAAACCAGCAGUGAACCUACAAGUCUUGAGGUUUUAUAAGGAAUGAUGAUAAAAUAGUGAAAAAUCUGAAAUGCAUUUCCUGUGGGAACUGGUUUUGUAUUCGCCCAGCAGCGCAGAGUUCUCUGCAUUGAUUUAUUGUAAAAAUGACUAUUUUAAAACUUUACCUAAAAACUAUCGUCAAGCAUCAAAUAUCUAAGGCCAUAAGUUCGUGUGAGGGAGGAUCUGGGACUGAACGCUUUAAAGCUCUGAACCGUUCUGGCUCCUCAGUUUCUCUAGUUUGAAGCGUUGAACAUCAAACCGCUCAGAUUUUGGAAUCAGAAUUUGGAAUCAGGUGGAAUUCCUUUUUAAGAAAAGCUAAAACGCACGACGCUGCUGGCGACAUCAGGUAUUAAUAAAAAUAAUGCAUGGCCAUGUUAACACAUGGGAACGAGAUCCUUAUGUAUGGCCACAUCUUAGUAAGGCUUGGGAAUGAGAAGGCGCAGCCACGACUUGGUAACGCUUGGGAACAAGAUAAUGCUGAUUAAGCUGUGGUCAAAGCUUAAUUAUCAUAUUCCCACACCUUACCAACACAUUAGAAUUCAUCUUCAUUAUCUCAUUCCCAUGCUUUACCAUGUUGUGGCCACGACUUAGUAAGGCAUGGGAAUAAGAAAUAAAUUGUGGCCACAACUUAGUAAUGCGUGGGAAUGAGAAAUGAAUUGUGGCCACAACUUAGUAAGGCGUGGGAAUGAGAAAUGAAUAGUGGCCACAACUUAGUAAGGCGUGGGCAUGAGAAUUAAGUUGUGGCCACACAUUAUUUUUAUUUAUACAGGAUGUCUCCAGCAGCGCUCCAUAAAAACCGAAAAACACAGUGAAGGAUGGCGGAGGAACAGGAUUGAAGUCCCAGUUGUUCUUGCUAGUUUCGUGGCUGUAACUCAGAAGGCAGACGCACGGCCUCUUUGUGGGUCACUCGUUUGGUCUUUAGUUAUUCGUACUGAAAGCUACUUCCAGUAUGUUUAGGAAGAGGUACUUGAAUAUUUUCUAAUACAGAGACAGUCUUUUCUAUUCUAUCGGGUAAUUUAUAUUAGACAGAAUGCCAAAAUAUGGAGAACAACGUUUUCUGAUUUAUUCAGCUGAAACAGGCGUUUCCUUACAUGUGUCCUUUUCUUUACAGUUGGAAACCUAUUAAACUUCAUUUUAGCGGUUUGUUUUUUCGGUCGGCUGUAUAGUCCAAGCCACUGAUUCUAUUUAAUCAUUAUUUAUUUGCAAAAACGACAUAACAGGUGAUGGUAAAUAAAAUAUUGAUUUAGGGACACAUCGUAUGUUCAAAGCAAAGAAUCCGUCACUACAUACCAACAAAUGCAUUUAUUUUUAUAUAUUUAUACCACAGGACAUAAGAAUCUUUGUACUGGGUUGUACUGAUAGAGGCGUAGCAGCUGCCCCGUUUAUCAACCUGUUACAGGAGUACAGUAAUGAGAGCUUUGAAUGUGCAAUGGGAAAAUGGGUAAAAUAAAGUAUUUUUUAAAAACAAA